GCGGGGCGGGGGGGCAGUACCUGGAGCGCGGUCCCAGAUGAGGGCGGGGCCUGAACUCCCAUUAUUCAAAUCUCCCGCCGCCAGGGAGCGGGUUCGCUUGUGGCUGACGUCAGGAGUAAUGGCGGAGGUGGAGGGAGUCGUGUCCCGAGCGGAUGGCGGUGGUAUCGAGCAUUUUCAAGCUUCAUCCUUUGAUGGGGAGUCCAUUGUUGAGAGUUGGACAAACAAAGAUGAUGAGGAGAGAAUUGUUGAAGCUUCUGAAGCACAGGUGAAAGUGGAGGACAAAAAAGGCCAGUCAAGCAGUCGCCCAACUUCUGCCAAUUCUGGACAAAGUGUAAACUCUGAUGCUAAACAAGAAUUGCAUGCUCUUAAAGUUGAUGACAAACAAAGACUAGCCAAGGAAAGGAGAGAAGAACGACAAAAGCAGCUGGUUGCAAGGGACAUAUUGUUGCUGGAAAAAGAGGAAAAGGCAAGGCAGCACUAUGAAAGACAGCUUGUAGAACGGAAGAAGAAAAUUCAAGAACAGCGAUUAAAAGAAGAGAAACGGCGUGCUGCUGUAGAAGAAAAACGGAGGCAAAGACUUGAAGAAGAAAAGGAACGACAUGAAGCAGUUGUACGUCGUACAAUCGAGAGGAGUCAGAGGGCAAAACAGAAGCAAAACAGAUGGUCUUGGGGCGGAGCACUACAAAGAAACACAACCAUCAACCGAGAUGGUGAUUUUGUUGAAUCUUCCUACUCCUAUCUCGAUUUAGCAGGCCUUGAGCACCACUUAAGAAAUGAAGCUGGUGCUUGUAAAGAUGAUGCAGACAGGCGGUCAGUAUCCACAAUGAACCUUUCGAAACAUGUUGAUCCUGUCAUUAACAAGCGACUCUCAUCCUCAUCAGCAACAUUAUUAAAUUCUCCAGACAGAGCACUCAAGAAAAGGAUUGCAUAUUUUCUCAAAUGCUCUCCUAAGCCACGCUCAACAUCUACACGAAACAAGUUCAGUGCAGAAACUAAACCAGUAGUUCGACGUUUGCAGCUCAGUCCCUGGGAGAGCAACAUUGUUACUCGUCUUCUGACCCCAACUCACUCGUUCCUAGCUCGGAGUAGAAGUACUGCUGCUUUGUCUGGAAAUGGUCAGGAUUCAGUUAUCCCAAUUUGUCCUCGUUCAGCAUCUGCCAGCCUCAUUACUCAACCAACCUGUAGGAAUCUUCACAAUAGGAUGUCUGACUGGCCAAAGGUCAUAAUUACAACACAUGAUGUCAAUGGGCGUAGGAGAACAACUCAUUCCCCAAUGGUUGACAAAAGUGAAAGGGAGAAGAAUAUUGUCACAACUCUCCCUGUAAAUACAACUGUAAAGAGGUCGCAUUCUCCUUCAAAUGUGAAAAGCAAACCACCAGUGCCCUCCACUGCCCGAUCAGCAAACAAGGCUCCAGCGUCUGAUACAAGCACACCGAAACUGCCAAUUUCACCACCAAGCUCAGCAAAUAAUUUGCCCAUUCAGCGGCCACCUUCUCCUGGAAAUGUUCGUCCAAAAUAUGAGACUGAGAAAAAGGAUCAAGCGAAAGGUAAUCUGAAACCUGAAGAGAAUUUAGAAGAGAAGCCGCCAAUGCCACCCAUUGCAUCAGCAGCUAAGGUGUUGGCACCAGUGGAAGAGUCUAAAGAAGCUCCUACAACUCUCCCAUCAGCAUCUCCUGGGAAGCUCAUAGCAGGCACAACUGACCGAGAGGAAGCUACAAGACUUCUGACUGAGAAACGGCGUGAGGCUCGGGAACAGAGGGAUCGGGAUGAAGAAGAAAAGCGAGAACAAGAAGAAAGGGAAAGGCUAAUGAAGGAAGAAAUGCUUCGCCGAAAAGCUGAAGAAAGAGCCCGUCGUGAAGAAGAGUCUCGUAGACUUGAAGAGGACAGGAAGCUUAAAGAGGAAGAGCAAAAAGUUGAGGAUGAACGUAAACAUUUGGAGCAAAAAGCUCAGAAAGAAAAAGAAGAACUUGAGCGCUUACAAAAGCAAAAAGAGGAAGAAGCUCGUGCUCGAGAAGAGGCUGAAAAGCUAAAAUUAGAGCGUGAAAGGCACUUUCAGAAAGAAGAACAGGAGCGUAUGGAGAGGAAAAGGCGACUUGAGCAAAUUAUGAAAAGAACAAGAAAAUCAGAUGCUUCUGAAAAGAAGGAUAACACAUUACAACCCGUUGUACAGAGAAAUGGGGAAGUACCCAAAGUCUCAACCCUAGAAGAAAAAGGCAUUAGUCGGACAUCUGAUGAAAAGGAUGAACUGCAAAUUACAUCUUCAUCUGGAGACCGGCCCAAAGAAGAGGCAGGAACACAAGAGCUUGGCAAUAAUGGGGAAUUCACAUAUCGUGCUGAAACAGAUAUUGAAUGUCCUGCUGCCAUUGGAAAAGUACUUAAAGAGAAUGGAGUUUCUGAGCAAAAUCAGAAUUUUGAAGAGAUCAUUGACCUCCCAGUUGAAACUAAAUCUACCAAACAAGCCACAGGAGCUGUUAGUGAUGGUCAAGGUGAUGGUGCAAUUUCUGUGAAUCCAAUUAUUGCAUUUGAGGAAAAUAGAUCAUUGGAGCUAUUAUCCAAAGUAGAUGGUGUUUCGUCUCAACAAACGGCAGAAGUGAUUUGAUCGUGUUGAGUGGAAGUAGUUCAGGAAGCACAUUCGUAGCACGUGGAUUAUUUUCACAUAUUGAAGGGAUUGCUUUGCAGGCAUCUUUAGGAUCAAGCAUCUUUUUUAAAAAAGAACUAAAAUCAAACCAUGACAGAGAAAAUGAUACUAUAUUCACAAGACAUGGGUAGACACAAACUCACCUUCCCAAACUGAACAGCUAGUUAAUUCUGACCUCUUGAUUAAUCACGCUUCAUGUUCUUUGUAUAUAAACGGCUUUUUCAACAUCCUCCUUCAAGAAAAUGGUGUGAUAUGUAUAGUAGGACAGGGAAUGAGAAAGGUAGAUUUGUGGUGGUGAGGGGCUAAUGGGCAGGAUUUCAAUGGUGUUAUUCAUACUGUACUUUAAAAUUAGCAGUGCUUUUUUUAAAAAAUCUUACUCAAAUAAGCCUCGCUGUGUUGCAAGUAGUUGCAAAAGGUGGCAUUUAUAGAAUUAUAAACCUAUUAGUGGUUUAAACAUAGCACAGAGAACACUGCAAAGGUCGAUGUAAUGUUCUAACACUAAGCAGAUGUCUUUUUCUAGAAUCUUCACUGUUGCCUCCUAUACUGAAGGUUUUUUUUAACAGCGGGUACCAUAGAAGAAGUGUUGAAAAUAUUGCAUAUUAAUUUGGGUUAAUGGCAAUUCUGUGAAUGAUUAAUACAUAAAAUGCCUGGUUUACACAGGUUGGUAUUUAUUGCAGGGAAACUUCAUUUGGUAAAUUAAUUAUGUCAAUGAAGUAACUCAGAUAAAUUGACUAUAUAUAUGGUACUAAUUCAAUUUGUAUAUGUUCAAACAGUUAUCUUAUGAUCUGAUCAAAAAGACAGAAAUUUAAACUUGGUUGUGUAUAAAAUUCUACUUAAAUGACACUAAAUGAAUUUUAAUUGCCUUAUCAGAUCAUGAGACUAAUUUUAAAAUGGAUUUGUGAAGUCUGUGCUUUUGCUCGUUUCAGAGCAGGAAAACUUGAUUUGUACCUGGAGUUUCAGAGAUGGCAUUCCUUCUAUGUGACUUUCACAUGCUGUAGAUCUUGAAUCUCAAACCUAACUCCUUUGCAACUUUCUGCACCAAUGAAAGCUCAUAAUUCCCAUCGCAUAUGUUUAGGUAUUGCUGCUACUGAGCAUGACUGUAAAACCUUGCACUUUGGUCAAACUUUUUUUCUCUUAAAUACUACUGAAAUUAUUGUAGACAAGUUAAUUGAUGACAUUCAGAUGUCAAGUUAUUUUAUUCUAGAUAUUACACUCUCAUGCAGAAGUCAUUUUUGCAGUUGAUUACUGAGUUAAAUGAGUUGUAUUAAAUAGAUUUGUUCUGCAGGGUGAUGUACAUUUUAUGGUAAGAGCCUAUUUCAAAGCUUUGAAAACCGCCAUCCAUCCACAGGUAUAAGAGAAGCCAUUUGAUGGUUUGUUCAGUAAUAAAUUGUUGUACAGCUGCAGACUUGUAUUCAAAUUCUUGUAUUCUGUAUGAUUCAUGUCUGCUCAUGUCCAUGUGCAUAGAAAUUAUUUAAAUAUGGGGGAAAUAUUCUGUCAAUUUCUGUAGUUUUGUUUUAAUCUGUAUAGAUUGUGUAUAAGAGAAUUCAUUGGAUUGAUUUAAUUUUUUAAUUCUAAAUCGGUAUGCUGUUAUAAAAUGGUUCAUGUUACACCCAACUGAUAUGGACAAGUGAUUUAUUGCUGAUUUAAUUCUACUCAAAAUAUUUGUUGUUCUGAAUUUUGUUUUGCUAGUAAAUGCGUAGUUACUAAAGAAAAUUAUGGAGUUAAUUUAGCAGAUUUUAGGUUUUAAUUUGCUAUUCCUUACAUACUUUUAACUCUACAGACCUUAUCAAUUUACUUGUUUUGAAGAGUGUAAUUCUACUGAGCAAAGUGGUUUCGGUAUGAGAAAAUACUUUAAACAGUAAAAUCUGCAUAUAGUUUACAUUUAAUGAAUUCUGGAGUUUAAAGAAAAGCAUUUUUCCCCCCUCCACUUUUGUAGUUUUAAAAAGUGGCACUCAUUUUGACACAGACAACUUUGAUAAAUUGCAUAAAAAUAUGCAUUAAAAUAAAUUUCUGGAA